GGGUCGUUUCGGAUGAGAACGAAGCCACCCACCAUUCCUUCACCACUUCCCUUUCUGUUCUCUCUUCUCCGACUGUGUCAAUCACAAGAACACCAAUUCCUUCUUCAUUCUGCAAAUCGCCGUCCGAUCGCGAUUUUCUUCUCCAUUUCCACUCGCGAUUGCAUUCGUAAGUAUUCCGUUCUUCCAUUUCCACUUCCUGAUUCCUCUCCUGCUCAGUUGUUUUUCUCCGUUUUCAAGUUUCUCCUCCAAAACCCUACCCUUCUGUCACUCCUACCUUACGAACAUUCGUUUUUCUGGUUCAUGUACCUAGUUUUCUCCCAUUGAUGCCGUUACUUCAUUUGAUUUUCUUUCAGCUGUUAGGUUUUCUUCGUUCUCUGUCUAUUAGGAGUUGAUCGAGCUGCUUCCUCUGCUGUUUGAUUCCGAUGAUUAUGAGAAAGAUUAGUUGAUGGUGAAAGCAUUUGGAGCAUUCUGAAUCCAUUCACCUUGGUGUCAUUAUUUUUGAGACUAUGGAUGAUGGCCGGCAUCAUGAAAAUGGGAGGCACAAGCUAGACUACUUCAGAGGGAGCCCCUCGCCGUGGCAUAUGGCGCCCCCUCAUCAUGUAAAGGAACCGAACGCCUUGGUCAUGAAUAAGAAGAUCAUGUCUAUUAUAGCCGAGAGAGAUGCUGCUAUUCGGGAGCGAAAUUUAGCACUAUCUGAGAAGAAAGGUGCAUUGGCUGCACGCGACGAGGCUCUUCGACAGCGUGAUGAGGCGAUUGCACAGCGUGAUUCGGCAUUAAUGGAACGGGACAAUGCCCUUGCAGCCCUUGAAAUUCGUGACAACGCUUCGAACUUUCCUCUUGGCAAUGGGAUUCAACGCAAAACGAAGCGAUUGCACCAUUUAUCUAAUCAUAUGCCAAGCAUGUCUGAAACUCCCUAUGGUACAAAAGACGUGCAUAUAACUGAUGCCUUUCCAAUUACAGUUAUAGCUUCUCGACAGGGAAACCGAACAACAAAGGAUAACAAGGCAGUUUCAUCAAAGACAUCGAAGCUGCCAAGGAAGAAAGUUGGCGAAGAUUUGAAUAGACAGGCUGCUACCGAUGGCACGAAAUACAGAACGGACUGGGAUGGUCAGGAUGUCGGUUUGAACCUGGUUAGUUUCGAUGACUCUUCUAUGCCAGCACCAGUUUGCUCGUGUACUGGACUUGCAAGGCAGUGCUACAAAUGGGGGAAUGGAGGUUGGCAAUCAUCCUGUUGUACCACCCAUAUGUCCAUGUAUCCGCUUCCACAUAUGCCGAAUAAACGCCAUGUCCGAAUGGGCGGGCGGAAAAUGAGUGGAAGUGUUUUCAUGAAGCUGCUUAGUCGUCUAGCUGCAGCAGGUCACGAUCUCUCGGUACCAGUGGAUCUUAAGGACCACUGGGCACGACACGGUACAAAUCGCUACAUAACAAUCAGGUAGUAGCUAGGUUAGUAACUUCAAGAGGAGUAGAGAACAUUUUGCAGGGGUCCUCAGGGUUGUCUCGAUUGCAGUCGAAUGUUUCGGUAAAUAACAUGGCUCGACCGAAGUGAUUCGACCAGGAGGUAGAGCUCUUCCCUUUUGUUUGUAUUUUGUAGGGGUCCUCGGGGUUGUCUCAUAUUGGGUCGAAUGUUUCGGUAGAUAACAUGGCUCGACCGAAGUGAGAUUCUACACGAGGUAGAGCUCUUCCCUUUUGUUUGCAUACGCCAUUGUGAUUAAGACUGAACCUGAAUGGACCACCUUAGAUUGGGGAAUGCUUGUAGAGUAUGGCCAUAAGAAUGGAUCGAAAAAUGGAUCUGGAAUGAUGAGAAUGCAGCUGAGUUUAUUUGAUUAUUUGAA